ACUGGUAUUGGUAUAGAGAGGAAGGAAUAAAAUAUCAGUGUGAUUGAAGAAAGAGACUGAGUGGUAUAUGGAGUUGCGCAGGUAUCGAGGUUGAUGGCAAUCUCCUACCCCUUGAUCUGCCUUGAUUAUAUGUUUGCCUUCGUAACAAUACUCGCGGAUAAAAACAAAGGAAGUAGAGCUUUUACAGCUAUGGUUUGCACGAAUUUACAGUAGUUUCACUGUUUGAAAAGUAGUCUUUAUCCCUUCAAUAAUGUUAAUAGAUAGUCCCCACAUGUUAGAACUAAAGCUGGAAACUCGCGCACGUUAUGCGCAUUUUAUAGCAAACACCGCCUCACUUUCAAACUGUGGAGGGCAAAAGAAGAAGGAUGGAGAAAAGGGAAGAAGAAAGGAAGACUCAUGUUAAAAGAGGGUUGUGGAAACCUGAAGAAGACAUGAUACUUCGAAGCUAUGUCGACACUCAUGGAGAAGGAAACUGGGCAGACAUCUCUCGUAGAUCCGGAUUGAAGAGAGGAGGCAAAAGCUGUCGGUUGAGAUGGAAGAACUACCUAAGACCAAACAUCAAAAGAGGAGGCAUGACGCCUCAAGAACAAGACCUCAUCAUCCGCAUGCACAAGCUUCUCGGCAACCGAUGGUCAUUGAUCGCGGGUCGCCUUCCCGGUAGGACUGACAACGAAGUCAAGAACUACUGGAAUACCCAUUUGAACAAGAAAUCCAGUUCCAGGAAACAAAAUGCAACUGAAUCAGUGGAAGCCACUCCAUGGGUCGACAAACCAGUUAUGUCUACAGAAGGGAGAGGAAGCCAUGGAGGAGGAGAGGGAGAAGAGGACACUACCACUACCUGGAUGGAGGAGACCAACUUCUUCGCCCGCAUAGAAUCUCCCCAGCCUCUCACUGCUCAUUACCCAGACACUCUUUGUUUUGACCCAUCUUUCGCCUUCACCGAUUGCUUUCCUCUCCUUUAGCCUUAAGGACUUUCCUGAUUCUAUCUCUGAGCGAUAAAUUCUUGCAUAGACUUUGCGAAUCAUAUUAUACAAUUAGUCUAAGCAAGAAUUAAUCAUGAAUUGUAAUAAGCCCUGGUUCAUUGUGGAUCCUAUUUUUAGCUUAUCAAACAUCAACUCCAGUGCAAUACAUGUAUCUAACUAUUUUGCCACUCGAGAGUUAUCAAGUAAAGAAAACAAAAAACAUACGUCCAUUGAAUUAAUAACUGUGCGUAAUUUUGGAAACAUGUCCUUAAGAAAAGGGAAAGUUGUAAGACUUACAAAACAUCAUCGUCCAGAGAAUAUACGAUACCAUCAUCAAGAG